AUGCAGCCCAGCGAUUCUGGAGUCGCUAAAGCCACUGUGUACCCUCCGGCCAGGGCGGACUCCCCACAAGGCCGCCACACUUUCGACUUCUCCAAGUCAGCCCUGUCAACCCACAAUGGGAAAUACAUUGAGCUUGACGACUUCACGCCGCCGAUGAAUCAAGUUCGCAAUGACCGAGGACAUGUGACUUCUCCUAAAAAGAGCCGUCGCUCCAUCUAUAUUCCAAACACGUUAUGGACACGUUCGUUUGCUAUCGCGGUGGUCCUUGAGACGCUGGCUACAGUUGGAAUCGAAAGCUGGGUAUUCGUUAGCAUGUUGAAUCAGCUUGACAAAAUUGAGAAGGGCAGUGCGACGACACGCAUUCGGUCAUUUCUUGGUCUCUACAUUUUCGCACUUCUCUACGAGCUUGCGCUCUCAUACGAUGCUUUACGACGCAAAAACACCUUCCAACUAACUGGUCUCUGUAUUUGCAACCUUGGGCUUUUUACUUAUGGUAUCUUGCAAAUGAGAGAAAUUAAGAAAACCGUCACAGAAGUGGUGGCCGACACCACGCGCAGCACCAACAUUUUGGGUAAAUAUCAGAUUGAACUCAUCUUGGUUCCGGUAUUUUUGGGUCUUGGUACUUUUGUCAUGAUAUUUGUGACCUGGAGGCUUCGUGCGGAAUUUUCUUGGUCAAUCUACAAAGAUAUCAGCGCAGAUUUGCGAAUGAAUCGCCGAUAUACAGUCUACCAGGUCUACAUUGCUCUCCUCAAGUUUGAUUGGUUUUUCAUUUUUGGCACACAACUCCAGAUCCUACUUUCCAUCCAAGAUCUUGAGAAUGAGGAAUUUUUGAUCAAUGCGGCCAUGGUUCCCGUUGCCAUAAUAACUCUAUCUUUGUCGGCCCUAUUUUGUCGACGAGAGAAAACUAAAUCUCUCUUCUUGAUGAUGAUCUUCAUGGUUGCCAUUUUGACGAGUAUCAUCCGAACCAUAAUUCAAAUGUACCGCUCUAAUGACAAUAGCGGUCUUAGCUCUUUCAAGACCUCCCUGACUUUAUUCGCUACGAUUGCAACUUUUUUGAUCAUUUCGACGCUUGUCAACUCGGUUUGGUGUAUGAUGAAUUUUAACAAAGGAUUGAAGGAUUACGUCAAACAACUUCGAGGCAGGAAGCAAGCGUCUAGCCCAUCGGGGCCUUGGAAUCCAGAGGCCAACUCACGCUUUGUAUUAAACUAA